AUGUUACCUUUAAAAGAGUACAAGGAGAAUAUCUUUAAAAACAAUGUGAGUCACUUUAUGAAUGAAUUAAUUGAGAAAAACAUCUAGAGUAAUCUAGUGGAAAUCCUAUUGAAAUGCUAGCUUUCAAGUAUGCCUGUGACCAUCCCUGUAAGACACAAUUCUAUCUAAUAUGUUGCAUGUUUAUUCGAUCUGGAUUCCUGGUUGGAAUAUUACUAAACUAACAACAGGGAUGGACAUGGAUUUUCGUGUCCUGGCUGCAAAGUGUUUCACUUGUACGAUGACUACGGAAUUGACUUUAAACUCUAUCACGCACUAGAAUCAUUUAAACUAUUAUAAAAGAAGUAUCCUGGAGUGAAGUUUGAUAAGGACAAAUUAUUCUAAUCUACUUAGCCAACCAACCCAGGUUAUUUUGCAUAGAAUAAAGUGCCUAAGAACCAAGCAGCAUCAGCCAUUAAAUAUUAACUGCCAGGAAUUACACCCAUUCUUGGGAUUCAAAGAAAGCUUGAAGAAACCAAUUCAUUGAACCCAACCUAAAAGACCAUCUCUGACGAAAUGUCCUAUACAAGUGUUAAGCUGCAGCAAUAUACUAAUAAUAAAAUCUACAAACAAGCCAAAGAAAAUAACUUGAAAGUUCAAGAUUUGUAAUAGAAAGUUAAGAAAAGAGCCCAAGAAUUAUAACAAGUCUUUAGAAAUGCCAUGAAAUUGAUUACUUUGACCUAAAAUAAUUUGACCAAUGACUUUAUCUUUGCUCUCAAGAGAAGAUAAAGGCAGGAAAUCAGCGAAUCCACUCUUAUUGUCUACUUUAUAAAUUACGGAGUGUGGCAUGAGUUUCCUCUUAUUCUGAAAGGGAAACCCUAUCUGUAGAAGGAAUAGGCUUUGUAUAUUAAAGGAGAGGCCAAUAAUCAAAAGUUUAUUUAUAUCAUCGCAGGAAAAACUGAAGAUAGAUUUGUGCAAAGUAAUUAAGUGCUCAAAGUUACAUUCUCUAACGAUCCUUUUUAAGAUGGAAAAUCUGCUGUUAUGGAAGAAUUGCCUCCCCUACCUUAAGAAGGAUACAAUUUCAUGGGAACUCAUUAUAAUAACAAUGUCUAUGUGUUUUAUGGCUAGGGACAGAAAAAAACAAAAGAUCAACAAAUUUUAGAUGAAUUGUAUAACAAAGCUUAUGUCAUGAGAUAAUAAACACCAUGGUAAGUACUGAUGUACAAUUUAAUCCCAAGAUUUGGUGGUAGUUUCUUUGUUGCAACUCAUCCGUAAUUUUCAAAAUUAUUGGUCAUUUUUGGAGGAAUUCAACACGAUCCUGAUGGUUUAGUUGCCUAUCGGUGCUAACAAUAAAACUAGGGUUAAAUCUUUCAAUGCAAAGAUGAAAAAUUUAUAGGAAAAUAAUGUUUUGACGUUCAUUUUUCAGUUAAAAAAGAUGAUGAAUAUCAAAAGAAUGUUUUGAGUUCUCCAGUCUUUUCUGCUCCUUAUUAUGGUUACAAUCAGUUAAUCUUAUCUGGUGAAUUCCUUAAAUUUGAAUACAUUAUGAAAAGGGAAAUCUAUACUUUUGAUUGGGCCAAUGGAGAAAUUAAGAAGAAUGAAAUCUUUUCUUUAGAACCACCAGAAUAAUUUUUAAUCCCCACAAGAAGGGAAGGCGUUUCUGAAGUAUUCACACCAGUCCAAGACAUGGAAGGAGCUGUAUGCUUUGGAAACUUUUACAUCAUCCAUUAAUAUGAGGUUAAUCCAGGCAAUAAAGUUAUAUUACAAUUACUGAGAAUCAAUUUAACAAAUGGACAAUGUAAACAUUUAUUUCCAUAUGUAGUCUUUCCCACUAAUUACCAAGAACAUCAAUCAUCUUUACAACAAGCAACCAUUAAAAGAAACUAGUUGGCAUAAUCAUGA